AUGCGGCCUGACCGCCUGCCUGAUGGAAGCCCCUCUGCCCUCGUCCGCCUACACGACGGCGUCCCCAUCGAGCAGCGAGUCCAACCCGCGCAAGCGUGGCCGCACCGCAUGCACGCGCUGCAAGAACCGCAAGCAGAAAGUAAGCUGUCUUGCGAUGAUGAAUACCCCGUCUGCUCCAACUGUCGCAAGGCCCGCGCCGAAUGUGACAAGGCCUCGCUGGGUCGCGAUGGCUAUUCUUCGGGCUACACCCGUGCUCUCGAAGAGCGCAUCGCCUACCUCGAAGGGAAGCUCGCCCAGUUCGAAUCCCGGGCCGCCGAUGACCCCGUCACGACGGCCAACGCCAGCAGCGUCGUCCAUCCCAUCGCCGCGGUGUCGCAGCCGCAAAACGCAUCGCCCGGGCUGGCCGGCACCGGGAGCAAUGCCCUCGGCGAGAUCGUCGGCUUCCUCACCCUGGGCUCCUUGGAGACGCCGGCCUAUGUCGGCUCCAGCUCGGGACUCUCGCUCGCCGUCAACCUGGGCGAGAUGGUCCGGACAACCGUCUUGAACAAAGCCAUCCCGACAUCGACCGACGGUACGGCUGCGUCGUCACGCCAGAAAGCGUCGAAUAACGGCGGCGACUCCUCCAACGGCAGCCAAAGCAUCAAAUUGGACGAGCUGCUGGCCAACCGCGCAGAUCCCCCCAACGACGAGAUGGGAUCGCGGAUUCUCAACGCCUACUUGAACCGUCUCCAUACCCGGUACCCGUUUCUCGACCGGGCGGAGCUGUGGCGCCUGCACGAAGAUCGAUGGCGUCUGGCGCGGACAAAACCGGAGGACCUGUCCCAGGCGGAAAGGUUUGGGAUUUUCAAGCUGUAUCUGGUGUAUGCGAUUGCGGCGACAAUGAUCCAGCUCAGUGAGAAGUAUACCUAUAUUGCGCCAGAGGUUUUAUAUGACGGCUCUUCAGCACGUGUCUGCUGCAUGCGAAACAAGAUCAGUCCAAAAUGUCGAGGCGAUGACGCUGCUGGUCAUCUAUCAUCUUCGCUCGGCGACGAGCCACGGCUUGUGGUACAUGAUCGGCCUGGCAAUGCGGACGUGCAUCGACCUGGGUCUGCACCGCAAGGCCAACACCGCUCACCUGGAUCCGUUCACGGCCCAGCUCCGCCGACGGCUGUUUUGGACCGUCUACUAUCUCGAACGGGCCAUCUCGCUGUCGUUGGGACGGCCGUUCACCAUUCUGAGCUCACCACCGCCUCCAACAAAAGUCACGACGCUUUCCCUGGCUGUGGCCCUCUUCCGACUGCGGCAGAUCGACUCCAAGAUCCAGCACUCGAUCUACCGUGCAGACCGCCCGCUGCACACGCUGCGGCCGAAGAUGGACAAACUGUACCGCGAGCUGGAGGAGUGGAAAGCGUCGGUGCUGCCACGAUUCCACGGCUCAGAGCUGGACUAUCCGACGCUGCACUUCAACCGGUCGGUGCGACUGCUCAUCCAGCCCUUCCUGCCGUUGCUGCCCGUCACGGACCCGUACUACCACAUCUGCCUCCGGGCAGCGGGCGACAUCUGCCAGACGCACAAGAAGCUGCACCAGACGCUGGAGUACGGGCAUUCGUUCCUGGCGGUGCAGACGGUCUUCGUGCGGGGAUCACGCUGCUGUACGCGCUGUGGACGAACACGGAGAAGGUGUGGUCGGUGCGGAUGAGCAACGACAUCCGCGCGUGCUCGACGGUGCUGUUCGUCAUGAGCGAGCGGGCAGCCUGGGUGAAGAAGUACCGCGACGCGUUUGAGCUGCUGGUCAACGCGGCGAUGGAGAAGCUGCAGGGGAACGAGGCGGCGACCACGUCGGGAAUGGCGGGCAUGAUGGCUGCGCAGAGUGUCAACCAGGAGGGCCCUAGACCUGCACCUGCAGGACCAGGGAUGGCAGCGCCAUCGACAUCCGCUGAAACCGGCGCAGGAGACCCGUUUCAAUCGCAAUCUCAAUCUCAAUCUCAAUUCCAAUUCCAAUUCGACAUUGGCGACGACGCGAUGCGGAUGGCGAUGGAGUUGGCGCCGUGGAUCGACCAGGACGAGGCUGGGUCGCCGUUGUGGAUGCCGGAUUUUGAUACGCUGCAGAAUCUUAUUCGUAUAUAUGUAGUUAUUAUUGAUACUGUACAGGAGAAAGUUUUCUGGCACGGUUCCAAUUCCCUAAGGUGUUGGCCUCUCAACAAAUCAGGUCCCGUAGCUCAGUCGUUUUCCCGCUUCCGGUAUGGCGCCCGCGGUCACGCCGCCCGUAACGCCGUACAACUUUUCCCAACGGAACCGUCAGGAAAGUUCAUCAUCCACGAGGAUGAUGAAGUGUGUGCAUCAGGUCUUGAUUGCGAGCCUCUCACAUUCGACUAUCUAGUACUCUACGCCAGGAUAAUUUCAUUGAACCAGGCCAGAGAAAUAGGGCUUGAGGAGGGCUAUGUUGGAGGCAAUGUUACAGGGCGAGUGCUGAUUGUUCAUGCGGAGCCAUCAGCUGCGUCUUCGGAAAGGCGAGCAUGUUCCGUAGGAGUAUGGAAGCUUAUUUCUUCGAGGUCGACUGCACAAAGCUCGACUGCACAACGAUCGAGUGGUCAUGAACAUUAUCCUCCGACCCAGACCCGAUUCGAGUGCGCCUUGCGCGGACCAGAGCCCGCCGUCACAUGGCUUGUCAGACCGAUUUCGUCAUCUGCUUCCACCACCUUCAUUCUAUCUCCUCCGAAGGUGAACAACGGAGUCCCCUUCUGUGAACCCUGUCCAGCACCGCUGCGGGAUCUCCAUGGUGUGCUCGGAUACGAGGGCCCCGACUUCUUGCUACCGAAACUGGACGACACCUUUCUGUGGGCUAACUUGGCAAGGGGGGCUAGAUGUGGCAGACACGCGCAGACGAUCCCGAUGGAUGGCUCGAUGGUGGACCAGAUGAACACGGGGCCCAUCAGCCAGGUGACGUCGAUGGCCUUGGUGAACUCGGAGAGGAAGGACAACACGAGCAGAGAAGCCAUUGGAGAAAGUCUCGCCUGCUAUGCUCAGACCAGUCGUCCCGCCUACGAAGAGCUACAGAGAAAGGGGGCCUUGUCAGCAGCUGAUGCUCUCGGCUUCGUGGCUUCGUGGCUCCAGUGGGUUGGAUAUGAACAUACCAGAGCCAAAAUGAUAGUCCAGUCGUCGGCCAUCAGGCCACUACGCUGGAUGAUUCUCGCGAUGAACCGCAGGAUCACUGCUAUUGUCGCGAGACCUAGCAGAACAGCCACGGCAGCGUUGUUUUCAGACACACGACUGUCGGCCAGGUCUACGCCUGCGGGCGGCGGCCCAAAGACGGCAACGAUGCGUGGAUCAAUUGCCAUUGCAAUCCGUGUAGAGAUAAGAAGAAGGAAGUAA